CAACGAAGAAACACAUAACGAUAACAUUCUUUCUGUUGAUCACAUAGCGUUCCUCCUGCUCAACAUUUUUCCGAGGCCGUGGCCGAAAUUUCCUAGGAAAUCUGGUGGCAAUAGAAUAAGCUAGCUGUUACCAGAACCGAAAACAAUGUCGGAAGUCACUCCUCUCGUUGCUCCGGAUGCGGAGGCUCCCUUCACUGAAGGCGGACGAGGUGAAGCUCGUGGUCGUUGUUCGUGCAUGCCCAAAUGGGCGUUAAUUUUGGUGAUCGUCCUCGCCUCCAUGGCGGUGAUUGCCGCUAUUGUCGUCUGCAUUUUCUGCUUCUUAAGGCUCCUCAAUGCAUAGUUCACAUUUCUACAAGCCCUUUCUCUCGAUUUCCUUCUUAGGGGACUGAGAAUAUGGUGGGAGAGUCCUAAAUGAAGGGAACAAGAAGUGAAUUGUUUUGAGCUCUAAUCAAAAGCGCGUCGAAGCCUGGUGCUGCUUCUAUGCCCCCUACCGCAGCCGAAACGAUGCCCCCUACCGCAGCCGAAACGAGUGUGGACGCAGCCUCGACUGGGAGCGAUGGAUUACUCCAUCUCUGGCGUAUACCGACACCAGGAGGUCGUUUCGCGCCCGUGGGCAACGCGGAAAUCUACGAGAAACGAGGUACAUCAACUGAAGAUUACUUAUAAUAUAGUACUUCCAACUUCUUUCUAACUAUCUAUGCGCUAAUCCACUGCUCUAAUCUACUGCAAUCUACUCCAAUCUACUGCAAUUUCCCUGCAAUCUACUGCACAGGUGGCAAUGAUGCAGGAUCUACUUUUGUGUGGAACUUCCAAGUCCAUGCUGCCGCACCAGAGAAGUACGGUGAUCAGGGUAUCUGGUUUUUACGUUGUGCGAAAGUCGCGAAGAACGAAGGUGGUUGGAAUCUUGGUGAAGCGGAUGAGGGACGCCGCGCCAGAUGUCGAGUGUUUAGCCAUGACGCCAAACAAACUUUAUGGUCAACAUUUACUGUCCAUCCCUCUCAGGAGCAUCAUCUUGGUACCCUGUUCUUGCCCUGUUGUCUUAAUAUUCCUAUGAACAAUUUUAGCAAUCGUUUUCCACCCGCUUUCCCUGAGCUGGGUAUCUCAUCAAGGGUAACAAAGGAGUCCAGAAUAGCAAAGGGUACCAGGAAGAAAGGUAGAAAUAGAAGGGCUGACAGCUCCUGCUCUAAGAAGUGGCCGUUUCAAAGUAGGUCUGACCUUUGUCACGUGGUCGCAAUAUGCAGCGGCAAUGGCGUCGGACUUCAACGGUCGCCGCAAGAUGUGGCUGAGCACCAUGGCAAAACUUGUAGAAGAACUUGAGAAUACGCAAUCGACUAUUUUCACUGGUCCCAAAUCGAAUGGCGGUGUGCGUAUUGAGACUAACGAAUUCAAAACCGCGGAUACGGUUUUUGAGUUCGUGCUCUACAUGUCCAAUGUUCCGCCGAAGGUUUCGGCUGCGCCCGAGGAUACUGCAUAUUUUCACCCGAAUUCUGAUGAGAUGCCGUCGAAGAAAUUCACGCAGGUUUCCAUGACCGGACGAUCGCCAACCGAACUGGGAGAGAUUAUCUUAAGGCCUGCUACAGUAGUGGUGCAUCUUAAGCAGCCAUGAUGGGAGGGAAAACAUGUGAAAGAUGUGAUGCUUAUCUAUCAUGCUUUUCAAGGUGAAUAUAAUUAAAUGUAAGUAAAAAUAGCUCUAAUUAUCCAGGUGAUUCCGGAAACACGCUGGGCUCAGAAGGGCAUUUCCAAGGAUGCAGCACGUUGCGGCGACGGAACGCCCCACGGCUGCUACGGAAACUUGGGUGCGUUUAUUCGGUUCGCCCCGGUCGCUUUCGUCGAGGAUGUGUUUGCGACCUUGGGAGAGAUUCUGUCGAAGGACGCCAAUUUGAGCUUGUUAAGGCCUGUUUUUUGACUUUUGAUAACGUGGAUCUUCAUGACUUGAUGGCUCGUUCCUCACGUACUGGAGUGAUCUCCUCCUUACACAUACUACUACUAAGUAAUCAUACUUCGAGUGGUCUGGUGAGGUAUAAUGAAGACCGCCAGGAACGACUUACCUCAUGCGUAGAAUAGGAGCCAGAGUGGUAAUAUCCUCCUGCCUCUUCUUUUUAGAAAGAGUAGAGCCCACUUACGUAAUAUAGUUGAAAAUCGAUUUGAAGAUUUACAUCAAGAUGAAAGCCACUGGCAACUUGAGUGUAAUAAAGUACUUGCGAACUAGAAAUACUACCUUCUCUCAUCUAGUACUUAGGAAUAUGUGACAUUGGGAGUUGUACUGGAACUGACAAGAGCCUCUCUAACAGUAGCAACUGCAGCAGGAGAGAAGGUCCACAGAGGCGCGAACGUUUUCGGAACGCACGGUGGCGGAAUCAAAUGGCUGCAUAUCCGCAUCGGCGCAACUUCUGUGGGUAGUGCUAGAAAGUACUGGGUGUCGCCGUAUAGCCGGUAGAUAUAUUCGCGUUCGGUUGAGGAGAUUUCGAUGAGGGGAAUUUGGACAAAGAGGGGUAGAAGGGAAAUUUGGAGGGGAAUUUGGAGGAGGAGGAGGUCUCUCUUUCCUCCUCGUAGAACAUUUCGUCACGUGAAAGGCAACGGUAGCAGCAAGAAAGAGAAAAUAAAGUGCAGUCCUUUUAACUGAAAAGUCCUCGAGAUGGUUGUUUUCAACUCGAUGAGGGGAAUUUGGAGGAGGAGGAGGUUAAGAAGGUUCACGUCCACAUGGAAGGAGGCCGUCAAGAUGAAAUGAACAAUCUCUUAUGAUCUCAUGAUAAACAGAGCGUGCCGGCGUUACUCAUGCCAUAGCGCUAUCGGUUCUCUGCCGCGUCUCUACUCGGGUCGCAACGGAAUCAGGCAGCGAGAGCUGUUACGUGGUUCGCAAAUGAAUGAAUGAAUGAAUAUGGUUAAGAAGAUUAGCUCUAGCACCAGGUCGGGAUCCAGGAAGUAGGUGCAUCAGAAAAUACAUCUUCUGGAAGUAGAAGCCAUAAUAAGAUUGAUUCUUUGUAGAAGCCAAAUGAAGAAAGUGCAAGUGCAAAGUUUCAAUUUUCCCUCUGUUGUUCAGUUAGAGUUAGGAGGUCGAGG